AUGGCAGCCUCAAGUUGCCGCACGCAACUCAAGGUUUGUUUCUUUCUGUUCCUCUUGGCGGGCAAAGAGGUCUACGUGGUGAAUGCCGAACGUGCGGCUGUGGAUGUUUUUACGGAACUGGCUGAAUUGCAACAGGCUGCGGCAAAUCUCAAAGGGAUCAGCCGCCACGGAGCAGAGGCAGAACCAUUGUGUGAUGGAGCACUUUGGGGUUGUAUCAAUCCUAAAAUUUGUACGGAUGCUGCCCCAUGUGCGGUGAAGCCUGACGCUGACCUAGCGAAUGGUUAUGCGGUGGAUGUGGAUGCUUUAUCUCGAAAGAUUGACGCCUACUCAAGUAGUCAAGCCAUCAUGGAGUUGAGUGUCAUCUCAUACGAGCUGAAAGACAUGGAGCAAUAUGAUAAAGCCAUGGUUGAAAACAAAGGCGGCCCUCGCCUCAGAAGCAAGAUGGCUGAAUUGGCAGACACAGUGGACCGGUCCUUGGUAACCCUUGCUGCUGCAAUGCCAAAUGAGAGUUCCUGUUCCAUGGUGGAGCUUGUGAAUGGCCUGAACGAUGCAAAGUCUAAGGGAAAUGGGGUCCAGGGCACACCUGAUGAUUCCAAAGCUUUCCUGAAGAAGGUCUUUCCAGAGAUCACGAACGAUCAGCUGAGGACGGUCAUGGCUCAAGCAGACGUUGAGGCGAGGGAAGUGCACGACUGCGACAGUUCAUCUACACCGGACUGCCGAGAAGCACUGUUGAAGAAGCAGGACGACAAGUUUUUGAGGCAAGCCGAUAUCACUGCAGAGAACCUUGCGGAGAGCGAGGCCUCCUUUGUCCAGCUGGUCACAAAGUUUGGAGCGAAAGUCCCCCACGACCAUCUUUCUGCUUUGACUGAAACACAACGGCGCGAAAACACCUGGGCCGCCUUGCAACUCAUGGACAACAAGACGGCGUGGGAGGAGCUGAAGCAAGCUGCACGUCGACAUGAUCGACAUGAUGCGUCAUCAGCUCUUCAGAAUGGGGCCAAAAGAGCAAAAGCAGCGUCAAGGGAAAAAUCCAUGGAAGCACAGCUGGAAGCAGCUGUCCACCCCAUCGUGCUUGGCAUUAUUGUCAUCGUCAUUGCGGUCAUUGCUGUGCUGUUCUUGACGGCCGCGAUUCUCAUCCCGCUCCUUCUGGCUCUUCUUGGCGUUCUGGUGGUUGGCGCUACUGUGUGCCUUCGCCGCUAG